GCCGCGAGCUCCGGCCGCACCAUGUCUGUGCGUGUAGAUCAUCGGGAUCGAGACCGCGAUCGCGAACGCUUUUCGAGACACUCGUCUCGCGCUUCAGUGGAUCUAGCUUUUCCUAGCAGUUCCUCACGCGACCAUUCCUUCCGAUCGGUGCAUUCCGGCCGAGUGCCGCGCGUCGCUAGCGAUGAUUUGAUGGUGCCCGUGCGCACGUUACGGUCGGCAUCAUGUCGUGCCACGUCAGGAGCGCCUCAUCGGUUGCGGCGGCAUCACUCAUCUGCAGCAGAAUGCGACAGAACCCGUCGCCCCCGUCGACACACGCUGGAGCUGCCCAACAGCCGGGGUCCCAGUGUGAGAAGUCGCUCUCCAGAGCCACCACCCCCGCAGCCUGUCGAGCCCGAGAUUCCUCCAGAGGACGCCAGCAAGGAGGCGCGGCGGCGACGCGUAGUGGCAGCUGUGGCGGCGUCGUUCUUCAUGCUGGCGCUGGCGUCAAUCCUGGUCGUGGUGGUGACGCUCACCCACAGCUCCGUGAUGCGCGCUCACAACCAAACAGCCAAUACGGCAGGAGAACGAGCGGCUGAUGCACGACGUCCUUCAGGCGGGAAUCGCCAAUCGCACCCAGUUGUCGGGGGGAUUGCGCUGACGCCGCGCUACUCCCCUCGUCCAAGGCUUGAUAACAUCAGGCCGGCUGCCGCGCCUCCCGAGGAGCCCCCAGAACCUUUGGAAACCCCUUAUGGACUAUCCAAUAACGCUUCUGUACCGGUGAGCACAACCCUAGCAGGCCCUGCGUGAUUACGCAAGACGCCUGCACUGACUAUGGACUAUCUAGAUAGUUUAUGUGAAUUUGUGAAUAACGUUGUUACUCGUUGGAGAUUGAAACUCCAGUAGGUAUUGUUAUUGUCCGAGGUAUAUGUGUAGUAUAAAGCUAUAUUUUGAUUGAUGACUAUUUCACUGUUUGAUCUCUUAAUUUUCAGUUCGCUGUUUCCUUUGUAUAUCUCGUUCACUCGGGAGUAUUAGUUUUAAAUUUAUUCUUAUUUCAAAGGCAUAGUCGUCUAUUGUUCUGCGCUGAUUUAUUUAAUUAAAAUUUAAUGUUACGAGUAAAUAUAAGAUAAUAUGUACUGAAUGUAAAGAAAUAAGAUUCAUAUAACACAUGGGAUCAAAUUUUAAAAAUCUCUGUUUAAGUUACCAUUUACUACCACAAUAAAUUUAUUACAAUUCUUUUAAGAAGAUUAUCUUAAAUAAUUUGUAAUUUAUGUUGAGGUUACUUAUCAUUUUGUUAUAAAAACAUGCAAGCAUGUUUCUUGGCAUAGUAAUCAAUUUCACGUACAUGUUAUAUUUUUACCACUAUCAAAGUGUAAUCAGUAAUUAAUUUACCGCAUUCAUAGUAUUCAUAUAAUAUUAGUACUCGAUGUGUAGACGUUUAUGCUGAUUCUUUUCUAAGUCAGAUGUAAACUUCAAAAGAAAAUAAUGGGUAUUAUGUUUAAAAUUAAAAUUUGAGAAUAUUUUACUUGCAAUUUAAAUAAAAUAAUAUAUGAUUUAUUAUCACAAAAAUAUUUACGCUUAACCACAACAGCAUAUUUCCACACAAAGUAAAAGUAGUUUAAAAACUUACAAAUAUUGAUCCAUCCUAAAAUCGUAAAGAGAGAAUAUUAAAAUCUAACAAUACUUUUAUAAUCUGUAAUCUUCUAAAUAAUUUUGACCCUUUAUACGUAUUGAAAAUUAUUUUUAUAAAAACUAUACAUUUUAAAAGUAGCAAAUUUUAUACCUCUUCUAUUCUUUGUGACAUUUAAUCGCUCUCUCAAGUAUGAAGCAAUUGAAGUUUGGCCCCUAAACACUUUUCGACCCAAAAAUAUAAGUACCAGCUUUUAUUACUAUAUUAUUUAACACAAAGGGUUCUUAGUCUGCUAUUUUCUAUAAAAAUAUUGACUAAAUGCUUUAACAUUAACCUUCUCACACUUCAUAGACAAAAACUAAGCCAGUUUGAUACUGUUUAAAUAUAGC